GAAACACGGAUUCAUGUGCAAAUAUUUCGAAGUGCAUGCACAAAGGGUGACCAUAAGCCCUACAUAGAGUUCAAUUAUUCCCACGCUCCGUGAAUGUAACAUCAGACACAAGACAAACAUGGCGACUGCCUUCAGCAUGGCAGCUAGAGUUGGACGCGCUGCACUGACUGUGCUGAAGCCGGUCGCUAGACAUUAUUCAAGGCAGAGGAGCAGCGUAGUUAUCCCGCACCGCUUCUCUCACAAAGCCCACAGCAGUUUGUACGAGCAUGUCCGUGAAGGCUACAGUGACAAACCAGAGCUGGACAUGACAGCAGUGUGCGAGCACACUGACUCGGUCAUCGCUAAUGUGGAGAGCAGGAAGGGAGACCUGCGGGGGGAGGAUGUCAGGAACAUUGUGUGUGUGUGGCAGCAGCUCCAGGCUGUGAGGACAGAAAUCUCUGAGCUGGAGAUGCAGAAGAAACACAUCAGUGAAACAGUCAAAGCACUCGUGACCAAGAAUGACAAGAAAGCCCUCGCCAAUCUUCCAGAGUACAAGCAGGCUCUGCAGAAGGGUCGAGACAUCCGCAACAGACUGAAUCAGCUCUACGACAAAGAGACUGAGCUGGAUCAGGAACACUACGGACGAGCGCUCCGACUUCCCAACACCACACACCCUGAUGUGCCAGUUGGAGAUGAGAGCCAGGCGAGGGUGGUGGAGCUGGUUGGACAGAAACCAGAGUUUGACUUCAAGCCCAGAGGCCAUGUAGAACUGGGGGAGGAGUUGGGUCUCAUCAGGCAGAGGCAUCUAGCUCAUGUCUCAGGCCACAGGUCCUACUAUCUGAGGGGAGCAGGGGCCAGACUUCAGAUUGCACUCCAAAACUUCGCCCUCGACACACUGCAGCGUCGGGGCUUCAUUCCCAUGGUUGUACCUGACAUCCUGAAGGGGGCAGUGUUUGAGGGUUGUGGUAUGCAACCCAACGCCCAUCGCUCUCAGGUCUAUUCACUGGACCCGGCUCGUUUCCCAGACCUCAACCUGGCAGGGACCGGAGAGGUGGGAGUAGCAGGUUAUUUCAUGGAUCAUGCAGUAAACUGGAAGGACCUGCCUGUCAGGACGGUGUGCAGCAGCACCUGCUACAGAGCAGAGACAGACACCGGCAGAGAGACCUGGGGCCUCUACAGAGUUCAUCACUUCAACAAGGUAGAGAUGUUUGGAGUGACAGCAGAUGAGACAGGAGAGGAAAGCUCUCAGCUGCUGGAGGAGUUUGUCUCUUUGCAAAAAGAGAUGUUUUCUGCACUGGAGCUACACUACAGAGUGCUGGACAUGCCAACUCAGGAAUUGGGUCCUCCAGCGUACAGGAAGUAUGACAUUGAAGCCUGGAUGCCUGGGAGGAACAGCUAUGGAGAGAUUUCCAGUGGGUCCAACUGUACAGACUACCAGAGCAGACGCCUCAACAUCCUGUAUGAGAGAGAGGAUGGCAGCCUGCAGUACGCCCACACAGUGAACGCUACAGCGUGUGCCAUCCCUCGAACGAUUAUCGCUAUCCUGGAGACUCACCAGACAAAAGAAGGAUCAGUACGUGUCCCCCGAGCCCUGCAGCCUUAUUUUGGUCUCGAAGUGAUUGAGAAGCCAAAGUGUACUCCGCUGAAAUACAUCGGACCAAACCAGCACACCCGGCCACCCAGACCCGCUCCCAAAACCAGAUGACACACUUACAAGUGUAGCGCUCUCACGCCAGCCAUCGGCCACAAACACCUCAACACAUUCAAGCCAGAAAGAAAGUAGAUAUUUAACUAAUGCAAGAAGUUCUUCAUACAUGUUGUACGUCUGUUUAAAAGCUGUAAAUCUCCAUUAUGCUUGAAACUUUUUGAGUUGAGAGUGAAUUGAGUGCAUCUCUGUUUUGAGGCACUGGAUCCAAGCUCAACCCAGCUGUUAACUGUCGAUGUAAAUAUAUUUAUGUCUCAUCUUUUGUGAAAUGCAAUGAGAAGUGUGAAUGUAAGCCUGAAUAUGUGUUUUCCAGAUAACGAGGCGAACCAUAAUAGUGGAUAACCAAUUAAAAUAAGUUAAAAGUG